AACGUCAAAAGUGGAAAAUCAAGAAGAGUCCGUGAAAAUAUUGCACAACUGUCAAAGUAGUCCCCUUAUCCAACGUCAAGAUCGCAAUGGGAGACGAUCCAACUGCUUCGGAAGUUGCCGGCGAUUCGCGUGAAUCCACACCCACCUUUAAAGUUCCAGAAUCCACCGAGCAUACUUACGCUGUGCCGACAAAAUGUGUCAAGACCGAAGGCGAUAUGAUGGUCUGGAUGCGGUCGGAAGCCUAUUACGAUAUUGUUGGCUUUAUAAAUGGCAUUAGCCUGGCCAUACAGGGAAAGAAACUCACUGACGACUGUCCUAUGUCGGCUACAAUGAGAAACCUACUCGAAGUAUUCACAAAAUUGAAUGCUCUCAUCGAUGCAACCCCGCCAAUCGCUCAGCCGCAACGAUUUGGAAACAAAGCUUACCGGGACUGGUUUAAGAAGAUGCAAGAUAACGCCUUUGACUACCUAUGCACCGCCUUGCCGCCCCAAUUCAAACGGGCGGUGCCCGAAAUUGUGGUCUACUUCACCGAAUCCUUCGGGAAUGCUACACGCAUCGACUACGGCACCGGGCAUGAGUUGUCAUUCAUUAUGUUUCUCUGUUGCUUGUUCAAAAUUGAAGCCUUAAUUGAAAAUGAUAAUGUGGCGUGUGCCUUGAAGUUGUUCAACACAUAUCUGGUGUUUGUGAGACGCCUACAACUAACGUAUCGAAUGGAGCCCGCUGGAAGUCACGGUGUUUGGAGUCUCGACGACUACCAGUUUGUACCCUUCAUCUGGGGUAGUGCACAAUUCGCAGUUAACAGUCCCAUUGAUCCUCACAAGUUCCUGGAUGAGGAAGUUAUUCAACAAUAUAAGAACCAUUACAUGUUUAUAAGCUGCAUCGACUAUAUUUGCCAGGUAAAAACUGGUCAUUUUGCGGAACAUUCGAAUCAGUUAUGGAGCAUAAGUGCGGUUCAAUCAUGGUCUAAAAUUCAUGCAGGUCUCGUGAAAAUGUACCAAAAAGAGAUAUUAAGUAAAUUUCCUGUGGUUCAGCACAUACUCUUUGGUUCAUUGAUGACCUUCAAGCCUGUGAAACCAGGUACCGUCCUCUCAUCAGUUCGGCUCGGAAUGUUACCAGAUAUGUCCAAGAAACCAAUGCCUACAAAAUUGGGCUCAGGAGACAUGGGCGCCCAUUGAAUCACGUAAUAUAUAAAUUUAUCCGAUAUUAUAUAUUUUAUCGUUAUUACGUUCUCGAUUUUAACCUUCCACCAAAAAAUAUUUAUUCGGAACUUAAUCAGAAAAUAAAUGAGUGAUGUGAUUUUAUUUUGUACAUAGUUUAUGGUAUGAAAUAAUAUUUGUCGUGAUUUAUGGUAAAUUUAAUUCUAGCAUCAUAAAAGUAAAGUGUUCAAAAUUCGUUUGAAAAAAUGCCUAAAAACUGGAUGUGUUAUUCACAAACGAAAUCUCCAUUGACGAAAAAAUCUGGUGCAAUCCAGACGUCUCAUUUUGUGCGUUUGUGGAAUUGAUGUGUAUGAAUCAAAUAAAAAAUAUCAUUCUUAUAA